UUUCCACGCUUGACAGUUGAAACCGUGUACUCUACUCUCCAAUCAAAGUAAAAGUCUUCCUAGAAAUCCAUUCCAUAUUUCCAUUCCACAUUCCUACUUAAAUUUGAUUGAAGAAGCUAGCAGCAGCCUUUAAUUUGUCCCAUAUUCUGGUUUUGUUUUUCUUCUUCAGUACCACUAAUGGAGGGUGCAGCCGAUCAAGUGACUUACAACCUCAUAGGAAGCUUGUUUCAGGUUUCCCCUAAAUACGCUCACCCGCUUCGCCCCAUCGGUCGCGGCGCCUCUGGCCUUGUCUGUGCUGCUUUGGACACGGAGACUAACGAGGAGGUGGCGAUUAAGAAGAUAGGGAACGCGUUCGACAACAGAAUCGAUGCUAAAAGGACUCUGCGAGAGAUCAAGAUCCUACGCCAUAUGGAUCAUCCUAAUAUUAUUUGUAUCAAGGACAUUAUAAGGCCACCGAGGAAGGAGGCGUUCAAUGAUGUGUACAUAGUGUAUGAAUUGAUGGACACUGACUUGCACAAGAUCAUUGCAUCCGAUAAUCCUUUGACUGAUGAACAUUGCCAGUAUUUUAUGUAUCAGUUGUUGAGAGGGCUGAAAUACGUGCACUCAGCAAACGUGCUGCAUCGUGAUCUGAAGCCGAGCAAUCUGUUUCUGAACGCAGACUGCGACCUCAAGAUAGGGGAUUUCGGCCUGGCUAGGACCACCUCGGAUGCCAAUUUCAUGACAGAAUACGUUGUGACUCGUUGGUACAGGGCGCCCGAGCUGCUGCUCAACUGCUCCAAGUACACUGCUGCAGUUGAUGUGUGGUCAGUUGGCUGCAUUCUUGCUGAGAUAUUGACCAGAGUGCCCCUCUUCCCCGGUGGAAACUAUCUCCACCAGCUUCUUCUCAUCACCAAGCUGUUGGGAACGCCUGAUGAUUCGAGCCUCAAGUUUCUACGGAGCGAGAGUGCGAGAAGGUAUUUGAGUCAGCUUCCUCUGUUUCCUAAACAGCAUUUCCCAGCUGUGUUUCCCAACAUGUCUCCUCUGGCUCUGGAUCUGCUCGAGAAGAUGCUCGUGUUCGACCCUGACCAACGUAUAACAGUUGAUGAGGCUUUGUGCCAUCCAUAUUUGUCAGUUUUUCAUGAGAUAAAUGCAGAGCCAGUUUGCUCAGUGCCUUUUAGUUGUGAUUUUGAGCAGCCAUCAAUCACUGAAGAAAAUGUGAAGGAGCUGAUUUGGAGGGAGUCUCUUGAGUUCAAUCCAUAUCCACUUCAUUAAUUUUUUUAAUCUGCUCUACUUUGUUUGUUUUGUAGGAGUAUCAAUUAUACUUGCUAGAUUUCUGUAUUAGUUGUAUUUGGUGUAAUAGGAUAAAUUUAAUAAAUAUGUUUGUAUACUAAAACUCUGAUCUGGUGUAAUAGGAUUAAUGAUACUAAACUUUAAUUAGUUUCAAAA